CUGGAUCAUUUGACAAGCCCUCCAAACAUGCACACCAUAAACAAACUUCUACUCACUGUUCUCCUGACCUAUCUGGGACAUUCGGUUGCAUUUGGGGGUCAAAUCAUCAAUGGGAAAAAAGCCAAGAGGAAUUCCUUGCAGUACAUGGCCUCUGUGCAGAACAAUGAGAAGCACAUCUGUGGAGGAUUCGUGAUCACUCCAGACUUUGUGCUAACAGCUGCACACUGUAACAAAAGCAACUUGAGUGUUGUUCUUGGUACCCACAACAUCAAGAUGGGCCUCGGGAAAGCUGUCAGAUACAAUGUGGAACGCAAAUGCAAAUCCAACUCAUAUGAAAAUGUAAAGGAUGGUAGUGACAUCAUGCUUCUAAAGCUGUCUAGGAAAGUUAAAUUAAGCAAAUCUGUGAAAAAAGUGAGGCUUCCAACCAAGGAUAAAGUCCUCAAACCCAACACAAAGUGCCUUGCUGCUGGAUGGGGCACUACAACAACAGACAGACCAUUCGUUGACGAACUUCAAGUGGUGGAUGUGGAAGCCAUUGAUCUGAAGGUCUGCCAGAAGCAGUGGGACCAUGUCGACUUUAAUCUUCCUCCCAAUGUCAUCUGUGCAGGUGGAUACCCGACCAACAAAGGCACAUGUCAGGGGGAUUCUGGUGGUCCUUUGGUGUGCAAUGGAGAGGCAGUGGGCAUCGUCUCCUUCAACAUGAAUGGAAACUGUGCCUAUCCCAACGUGCCCAAUGUUUACACUCAGAUUUCCAAGUACUUACCCUGGAUAAAGGAGGUCAUCAACAAGCAGUCAUGUUAGAAUGGAUACUUUGUUUGCUGCAAAAUUAUGCCUUUGGCUAUUACACAUAACUGAUGAUAUUACUGAUUCUUUAGUUUGCUGUUAAACUGUCUAAUGCAUUACCAUGUACUGUAAGGGAAAUAAAUGUGUUCUUAAUCAUG